GACGCAUUUACACCGGGCCGAUAGUAUCGGAGUUGGGGUAUAAAGUUCGCAGAGCCCCCCACUUCCGUUCAUUCCCAUCCACCUUGACCAUGUCCUUUGGAAAAGGGGUUCCCCUAGGUAGCGAAUACACCAUUCCCCAGAUCGGUCUGGGAACUUGGCUCUCCAAACCCAAGGAAGUCGAAAACGCCGUCGAAUACGCCGUGAAGAAUGGCUACCGCCAUCUGGAUCUCGCAUACAUCUACGGCAACCAAGAUGAAGUUGGUGCCGCGCUGAAGAAAGUGAUUCCCAGUGUUGUUAAGCGAGAGGAUCUCUUCAUCACCUCCAAGCUCUGGAACACCGCUCACAAGCCUGAAUUGGUGGCGAAGGAACUGGAUAUCACCCUGAAAGAACUGGGAACGGAUUACUUGGAUUUGUAUCUGGUCCAUUGGCCCGUCGCUUUUGCACCCUCAGAUAAGGUUAGGGGACUGGAGCCUCCCAGUCUAGAAGACCCAAACUUCGUGGAGCUUGACCUGGAAACGACAAUCGUUGAAACUUGGAAAGCAAUGAUCACACUCCCAAAAUCCAAGGUCAGAGCCAUCGGUGUGUCCAAUUUCAACGUAGAGCAGCUCGAGGGAAUCACCAAGGCGACUGGGGUCGUUCCGGUCGCCAACCAGAUCGAGGCACACCCGUAUCUACCCCAGGAUGAUCUCGUCAAAUACUGCAAUGAAAAGAAUAUCCAUAUCACAGCCUACAGUCCCCUUGGUAAUAAUAAAAGGACAGACCCACGACUUCGUGCAGUGUUCAACAGGCCAAAGCUAACCGAACAUCCCGUCAUCACUGAAGUUGCCAACAAGCUUGGUGCCACCCCAGCCCAAGUUUUGAUCGCGUGGGGCGCGUACCGAGGAUACUCGGUCAUUCCCAAGAGUGUACAACAGGAACGGUUGGUCUCCAACUUCAAGCAGGUGGAACUCAGUAAGGAGGACUACGAAAAGAUUUCGAGUCUUGGUGCGAAGGAGUACACAAGGUUCAACAUUCCCUACGCCUAUUCUAAACCCAACUGGAACGUCAAUGUCUUCAACGAGCCUGAGGAGCAGUCGGCCAAGUACAAGCCGAACCUUGGAAUCUAAUAGGAUAGCGGUGACGGAAAAGAAGUCAAAUAAUGUGAAUUAUGAUGUAUCCUAACUUGUAGUUGCUAUCUUGGAUUCCCUUGAUGUGAUAUUAUCGCGAUUAGUAGGGUUGCUUCUGGACAGCAGCAUCAAUAAACUGUAGGAAGUUUGUGAGAUACCAUACCUAUUCUCUUUCUCUUUCAAAUCUCUCACUUGGAAUACAUCGAUCGAUGAGAAGCAGUCAUCGU